AUGUCUCUCACGCUCACUGUUCCCAGAGAUUAUGGCUAUGUAGUCACGACCACGGCCUUGACAUUCUUCCUAGGCCUAUGGCACGGCGCUCGGGCACGACCAUACAGGACGCGAGCUGAGCUCUGGGCUCCUCGAGCAUUCGCGGAGACCACCGACUUCGACAAGGCGGACGACAACAUGAAGAAAGCAUUGCAUCUCUUCAACUGCGCACAACGAGCCCAUGCCAACUACGUCGAGAAUCAGCCUUCGACCGCGAUAGCGCUCCUGCUGGCUGGGCUACACUAUCCGCAACUCAGCACGAUGCUGGGCGUAGGGUGGAUGAUAGGUCGCAUGAUCUUCGCCGUGGGAUACUCGAGGCCGGGAAAAGAGCAUGGUAGUGGUCGGAUAGCUGGAUUCGCCCUCCAAUUCCCUAUGCAGAUCUUACUCUGGGCACUAGCUGCGUGGAGUGGCAUCAAGAUGAUACAAUGA